UGCGCGAUGCAGGAAGACAAGGGGUAGUGGUCGGCGGUCGAUGUUAAAUCCGUGAAGCUGCAGCCUUUCCUUGGGAUUGGGGGGUCUCAGCAGAUUGGAAGCCUAUUCAAGAAAGUAGAAAAGGAGAAAACAGGAAACUUCGGGCCUUGCAUCAGUGACUGCAAACUCCUGGUAUCUAUUCAUAUGGAAGCCUAAAGUCACAGUAUAAUUGGACAGAGAGAUUCUGACAGUACCAAUGGAGAACACACAAGAAUCAAACUCUGCUCUUCAGUCAACUGAAAUCUGCCAAAAGGGGCCCACAUUGAAUAUUUCUAAAAGGCCCGAACGCCGUCAGCGUUCCCGAGAUAGACUGAAACUCUUUAUCUGCUCUGAAUGUGGUAAGAGCUUUAACAAAUACUCGCACCUCAAAUUGCACCUCUUGGUCCAUACAGGAGAGAAACCUUUCAAAUGUCGAGUCUGUGAUAAGGAAUUCAAUCAUCCAUCCAGCCUUCGUAAGCAUGAGAUCACACACACGGGAGAGAAGCCAUUCAAAUGCUCCGACUGUGGAAAAAGUUUUAAUGACUCAUCAAAUCUGUCUCGGCACAAACGCAUUCAUAGUGGUGAGAAACCAUUUAAGUGUAACAUGUGUGACAAAGGAUUUACUUAUUCUCACCAUCUUGUAUCGCACCAACGCACACACACAGGAGAGAAGCCAUUUCAAUGCACAACAUGUGGGAAAGAGUUCAGUCAAUCAUCCACACUGGUGAUGCACAAACGAACUCAUGCUGACAAGAGACCAUAUAAAUGUGGAACAUGCGGGAAGGGCUUUCAGUUGUCACGCCAUUUGGUGGCUCACCGUCGCACACAUGCAGGAGAAAAAGCAUUCCUGCAUGAGAAGGAGUUCAAGCAGGAUUCUGGUUUAAUGAAACAUCAGCGGAUUGAUACAAAAGAGCUGCCAUAUAAAUGUACCUUCUGCAGCAAAACGUUCCGUCAAUCUCACAACCUAAUGGUCCACAAGCGUGUACAUAUGGUCAAGAAGCCAUAUCAGAUCUCCACACGCAGGCAGGAAUUCAACCAGCAAUCAUCCCACGUGAAGAAUGACCAUACGCACACAGAAGAGAAGCCAUAUUUAUGUUCUGCUUGUGAAAAGAGGUUCAAGGGCUCCAGCAUUUUAGUGACACAUCACACUAACACCGAUGACAGUUCUUGUCACUGUGUUGGAUGUGGAAAGGUCUUCAAAAACUCAUCCAAUCUUAUCCAGCAACAGCUCAAAGAAGAUGACCACACAAACAUACUAGGUGUGAGAAGGGCUUCAAGCGUACACGCAAAUCACAUGUGUGAUGUAUUGAGCCAUCAGAAUGUCCAUGCAGGAGAGACUCCGUUCAAAUAUACAAGAUGUCGGAAAAGCUGUAAAACUCCUCCAUCUGUCACAUCACCAGUGUAGCCACAGUUCCUGAGAUCUUGUCCUCUUCUCUUCCUCUCUUCAUUACACACAAGAUUAAAAAAAAGUUUUGGAUAACAACUUCAGCCCUUUAAUCAUUUCAAUCUCCUAUUCGUACUUUUAAGCUUGAUGGAAUGCGUAUUGCAGUGUGCCACUUGAAGGAGGUGCUGAUGCAUUACAAUUUGUUGGCUAAGACAAUUUUGAGUACAUCUAGUGGGUAUCCAUACUCGUAUCAAUGCCUUUUUGGAAGUUGCUUUCAAAGUGACAUUUCAGAUCAGAACCUCUGGGACCAAUUUAAGAAUUUUAUCAAGUGGAGAAUCAUUGCAUCAGAAUGUCAGUUAAAAAUUGAGAUUUUCUGAUGUCUUCCAAGGCAUUGUCCAAAUAAAGAACAACGUAAUGGAGCCCAAUUUGUUGCUCUAUGGUAUAGAGUCUAAAGCACUUGGAGUUCAGGAGGUGAGAGCUGACAGAUAUCCAGAAAAAUUAUUAACUCAGUGGACAGACCUUUUUCAUUGCAAAGACAUUCACGGGUGGGCAGACAUUUUUGUGUAAGAUUUUCAGCAUUGACCUGACAUCACCAUGUCCUGCUAUAUUUUCUGUCCAGACAGGAUUGGGCUUCUGGACCAUCUCUCACAGGCGCAAGGAAAUUCAGAGUCUUUGUUUUGUACAUUUGGUUUUCAUACAACAACAUUUAUAUGUUUAUAUUGGCAAACCAACUAGAGAUAUGGAUCCCCAAUCUCCUUCCCAAGUCUGCCAAUAUCAUAUUCUUCAAAUUCUUUUUUUCUGAUUUAAUUAAUACCAUUGAGAAAUGCAGGAAGGCAGAAUCUUCAAAGAAAUGUCAGCAGAUUGACCUCACAUUUUGAUAUCAAUAAGCAAUUGGAAAAAUUGGACUGAAGGCAGCAUAGAAUGCUUCCUGUGUGGUAAGCUAAUUCAACACAGAUCAGGAGCCACUAAUGACUAAAAAAUGUUUUAUGAAACUCAAAAAUGUUCUCCCUUGAAAUAAAGCAAGUUUAGAAAGCCA